GAGCAACUUUGUGAAAAAUGCAGGUGAACUAAAAUCUGCAUUCACCAUCUACAUGCUCCUCCCGGUACUUGUUUUGGGGAUCACCAUCCUCUUCGUAGUACUUUUGCCCUUCGAGUACGGAACCUUGAACUCCAUGGGAGAGACGCCAUACUUGAAUAAGUGGGGGACUUCGAUCUUCAAUAGUCGAGGCGUCGAAGACUGGAUAGGGCAUCCUCCACCCAAAGGCCUCACCAACGUCGUGUUCUACGAAGAGCAGUGGUUAUCCCCAGAAUGGAAAGCGAACAGUAAUUAAGGCUUGAUGUUCUUGAUGAUGUCCUGCUCAACAUAAGUAUGUAAGUAUUAUACUAAUGCAUCUUCAACAAUGCUAUCUUGGUGUUCUUGACAAGCAUCCUUGAUCUUGGCUACGUUUUUCACCGGAAAAAGAAAGACGAUGGCAGAAGAGAUGACUUGAAUUUGAGCAAGGUCGUGAAGCAAUUUACGCAAGAAAGUCACUCUAAGAUAAUGCACAAAGAGUCGCUGCUGCGCCAUCGGUUAUCCUUUUGGGGGACUCGCACUUGGCCUUCGAAUAUUGGGAAGUGCUCUUAAAAAGCGCAAAUCGUCGAGCCUUGGGCUACUUCUUCGGUUAUCAAAAUUUUAAGAACAAGACAUCCAGUUUUUUUCUCGUCAGUGUCAGAUGGCAGUCUUUGUCUUGGGACGGGCAGUAGCGGCAUCUUCUACGAGACAGUCUUAAAGUUAAUGAUCCUGUAGUUGUCGACCUCUUGUUUUCUACCUUUGUUCUUCUCUAUCUCUAGAGGACCAGCAUCAAGAUUAUUAUCUCUAAGACCCGGGGCAGAGUCGGUUCUAUCACGUCGACAGUACUCGACACAUUCGCACCAGCUGGCAGUCUGCCUGGAUCUCCUGUCCUUCAAUACAAACCGCCAUUUCCUGAAUAUUAUGGGGCGUAGUUGUUAUCUUUUGAAUCAAACGUUUUUUCUUGAUGUGCCUGGAAAUAAGCGAACGGAUUACAUUAUGUACUUACCAGGAAAAUAAACUUACGUUUUUUUACCGUCAACAUCGAUCGUUUUUAGCGUAGUUACCUCUGUCUCGGAUUUCUUGGAAAGUGUAACUGUAAAGUAAACUAGUACACCUCUGUACUAGGUAGCUCUACUGUUAUUUCUAAGAAUACGUCGUCUUAUCCGGUCAUUGGCAUUCGAUGAUCCGCUCAGAUUCUCAGGAAUACGAUGAGCGGCGUAUCCGCGCUCUCAGCAUGCAAGACUCUCUCGAUCUGGUGAGAGACGUUGAUAGCCCUGAAGUUAAGACAUUCAGAAGUACUUUGAUCUUUUUCUCGGUAAGUGAUUGAUUCUUCAGGAUGAUUAUACCAAAUACUUUUUACCAUUUUUUUUCGGUGCAACACACUAUGCCGAUGUAUGACCAUAAAAAUGUUCUUUAGGGUGCCAAGAUGAAGAUGAUGCCUCAUCCUCAUACAGUAUGAUUCUGCCUCUUCUAACAUCCGUGUCGGAUUGGAGAAUACUAUCAUGGAAGUCGUUAACGCAGUCCGUGCGAAGUCCGCUACUACCAAGGUCUUACUGAUGGUCGACAACCCCGAACUCAUGGGUCCCUUGAAGCCCUGGUGUGGUUUGGC